GGAUAUGCUGCUGCGGAUAGAAAUGAUGCUCGACACGUUGGACCUGAACUAACUGGCCUACGACCAUAUCAGACAAUAGAAGAAAGGAGACUGGACUAUUUUUUUUUUUUUUUUUGGUAUUCUUUGUUGGUGGAACCAGUGAGAUUUCAAACACUUGCAGGUGUUGGACCCGCGCAACAAUGGGGAAAUGCUGCAAAUGCAAUGGGAGAUUGCUGUGCAUGUGCCUGUUGCCAUGCAUGAUGACUGGCCACCUUGUGAUUUACAUCAUGGUCACCAUAUUUGUCACCAUCUCCUACGCGCCUCCAAAAAUAACCAUUCACUACAUUGCGCCAGGGAUUUCGGCCAAUUCCUCCGUCCUGGCCUCUCACCCACUCGGCCCUUUCUGGAACCUUCGCCUGGAGGACAGCGCGCUGUGGAACCAGCUGCAGCACACCUGGGACCGCCAGCACAACCCCAUAUUGAGAGGAAACCUGACCGGGAUGCAGAGAAGGCCAAAAGGUCAGCCUCUUACGGAAUUUGAGGAUGAAUGUCUAUCUGACUGCAUGUCACACAAGUGUUUAGUUCCUCGUGUGAAGGACUUCAACAGCAUGCCGGAGCAAAUCAGGGCGUUUAUCAAGUCAAUGCAUUGCAGGGAGUAUCCUAUUCUUAUCAAUCAGCCUGGCAUGUGUCGGAGGAACAAUGAUAGCACUGGUGUGGGGUCUCCUAUGCUCCUCAUGGCUAUCAAAUCUCAAGUGGGGAACUUUGAAAACCGACAAGCCAUACGGGAAACUUGGGGGCGUAGCGGCCUGGUGAGGGGGGAGUUCAGUAAAAAAGGGGGACACGUGCGCACCGUUUUCCUGCUUGGAAGGCAGGACUCGAGCACAGGUCCUUACCCAGACCUGACGAACCUUUUGAAGCUGGAGAAUGAGAAAUACGGGGACAUUCUGCAAUGGGAUUUCCGGGACACGUUCUUCAAUUUGACCUUGAAGGACUUGCUGCUCUGGCGAUGGCUCCAGCAGUACUGCCCUGCCGCAGCUUUCGUCUUCAAAGGCGACGAUGACGUUUUUGUCCGGACAGACGCCCUUCUGGAUUACCUGCAGAAAAAAGUGGAGGAGCACGAGCUUUGGGGAACGUCUACUAAUAACACCGGCAUAAAUUUGUUCGUCGGCGACGUGAUCAGCAACGCAAUGCCGAACCGCGAGCCCUCCAUGAAGUACUACAUACCGGAAAGUUUUUACAAAGGCGUGUACCCACCUUACGCUGGUGGAGGAGGGGUGGUGUACUCAGGCUCACUUGCUUUACGCUUACAAGAGGUGUCUGAAAGGGUCCGCCUUUUCCCCAUCGAUGACGUGUACCUCGGCAUGUGCCUGAACAGACUCGGGCUCUCUCCAGUCCACCACCCCGGGUUCUUAACGUUCGAUCUCCCCGCCACAGACAGGGACAAUCCGUGUGCGUACAGAUCUGUUCUCCUCGUUCACAAACGGAAUCCAAAGGAAAUGCUGACCCUGUGGAAACAGCUCCAGAACCUGCCUGCUCAAUGCUGAAUCUCAUUUGCAAAGCAAAUUAGAUUUAGUUAGUACCGAAACGACUGCGGCCACUACACUAAUUUGGGGGGG